UCUUGAUCUUGCCAUGUCCCUGUUCGCUCCCUGAUAUCACCGUUCAUCACCAACGCUUCCCGCUCGUUACCUCUCCAUAAUCCUUCCGCUCUUAUUUUUCUCUCUCUUCGCCAGCGCUUGUCAUGAUUUGCCGCUGCUCAAACCGGAAGAGUCCCCUAAACAUUUUGCUUGCAUAAUUAUCCCUCGCCUCGGCUCCAAAGCUCUCUCCUCACAGCUGCUGCUAUCUGUCUCGCCACCGGCCUCCACCACGUUGAAGAAUCUACCCACGGUACGUCUAUCGCUCCGCCAACAGAAAAAACAACGAAGCCACCACCACAGUUCAUUUGCCUGAAUGUUCGUCCCAAGGUCAUUUGAAGUUGAUGCAUACGGCCUGCAACCUUGCACAGCUCGAGCGGGUGUGCUCUGUUGCCUUUGCUCCCCAUGCAGGGUGGCAGAUCCGUUACAGCUGCCAUUGCACUUUCCCUCACGAAUGAGACGUACCGACCACAUGAUGUUCCAACGCCCAAUUGUCUGGCCUCGCUCGAAGCAUCGCCAUUGUGGCUAAUUAGUUGCUCGAUUGUCGGUGUUUGCUGCAUUGAUUGCUGCCUCUGUCUGCCGUGGGCUUGAUACGUCGAGCAUGUGAAGAUCACUGGCUAACGAGCAACGUGCAUACAGACCUCCGUGAACAAACGCAAGAGACGGACCGCAAACAAAUGAGCGCGGCAGCGACAAUGGCCAGCCCUGCUUUACCCUUUCCUGGGCCGCCUCCGCCUCCUUCGCCGUACAGUCACACGACAACGGGCAGCACAAGCAACCCACUAGGCCACACUGGCCUCAUUUCUCCGCCAGAUUCUCGCCGCACAUCCGGGGAUGAACCAUCCUCAGUUCCAACCACACGGCAGUCUCUUCCUUCGAUUUCAGAGGCACUUGGCUCGGCCGACCACACGUUACCAUACCCUCCUCAAGUUCCUCCUCCCGCACACUCGUCGAGCUCAAGCUACUUUCCAGCGCCCGCGAGCACGUCCGUUGCCGACCUUCACAGAAGAUCGGUGACCUCCGGUCCUGUCCUGCCGGAGCCGCCACAUUCGUACCCAUCCUCACAUCCGCAAAGUCCAUUCAUGAACCGUGGUCCACCGCCAGUACAGCCGCCGCACACUCCAACCGCCCAGGCCGACGCCUACUCGCGUCCUCCGUAUCCCCCUCAGCCUCCUAAGCUACCGACUUUACACCCGAUCAAAACGGAUAGCUCGCCUACUGCUUCGUUCCGCCCUCCCGCAACAUACGCCUCCCAACAUCCUUCUCCAGCGUACGACACUCCUCCACACACGGCCCCGUCGCAACCUCCCUAUCCGUACUCGGGGAAUCAAUCCCAGGGCUAUCAGUAUCAACACCCGUCAGCACCUUCUGCCUCCGGACCUCUGUACUCCUCCGGUGCACCCCCUGCGCCCCCGAGACCGUACGCAGAGCCAGGCCGCUGGGAGAACGGGCAAAUGGACGACAGGGCCCGAUCCAGCAUGUCCGUUGGCUUCCACGGUGACUCUGUAAAGCGACACCUCGAUGAUUUCGAUCUCGAGGCUUCUCUCAACGAGGUUGCUGAAUGCAGUGGGAAGAUGCUGGAAUUCACAAGAGAAUAUGGGGUGCGGACACAUGGCAAUCAGAGGGCUGGCAUCAGCCCACGAUCGGUCCCACAUCUGCAAACCGUCGACGAAUUGAUGGCGAAAAGCAGACGCAUCGAAGAAUCGUUGAAGAGGAUACGGGAAAUGGUAAUAGCUCAGAACCAUGCUAUCGAACAGCAGAUGAAGGAUCCUUCACGGCCUGUUCCUGCAAACUAUCCUGACAUGAACGGUUACUCGGACGAUAAGCAAGGCAUGGGUGGAUUUGCUGGAAGCGAUACCAAGAAGCGACGAGGGCGAGCUGCACCACCCGGACGUUGCCAUAGCUGUAAUCGAGCCGAGACCCCGGAGUGGAGAAGAGGCCCUGACGGUGCCCGCACCUUAUGCAAUGCUUGCGGCCUUCAUUAUGCUAAGCUCACACGCAAAAUGGGCAACAAGGCUCAGAUAGGGAGCUCGAACCUACGACCAAAGUCGGAGUCCUAAUCCGGACAUACUAGGUUUGGUGUUUGGCAUGAAGAUUUUUCGUUUUAUAAAACCAACGAAGUCACACCGUCCACGCCGUAUACCCUGUGAGUUGUUGAAACGCACCGAAGCUCUAUUAGGAAGUCUUCUGCAGUAAAAAUAAUAUCGGAGAGGCAAACACGCAGAGCAAGCACACGACGGACUCUGCAUCGAAGGCGAAAACCACAGCACAUGGCGCCUCUAUUCAAACGCGCAACUACCUUCGACCUUGCCACUGGCUGGCCUUAUGAAUUGCAUUCCAUACAAGAUCUACGGAUCUAAUGUCUUAUCACGAACAAAUCGGUUUAUUCAUCGAGCAACUGUUCUUGCGUAUUUCCGCAUUACUCGGCGUUUAGGCUACCUUUUCAUCAGCAGGGAGGGAACUUUACACGUGCUCGCCAUAAUCAGGCAGCACUGAUCACUAUGCAUUCUGGGAGGCGUUUAGUCUUUUUUUGAUUUGAAAUAUCCCAACAGUUGAGCGCGGCUGAUGAUCAAGGACUGCGCUAGUGACUGUCAGAAGCAAGAAAAAGAAAGAAAAAAAAAAAUACGAAGCUGGGGGUGAUGAUCUGACGGCCUCUUCUCCUUCUACGGGUGGUGGAUUGUGCGGCAGGCAGGGCGGUCUAUGUACAUGUUUUGUUCUGACAGGUAGAUACAGCACACCUCUGGGUGGUUUCUAGACGGCAAAUCCGUAUCACACUGUAUUUCAGUAGAACUAUCUUCCC